AUGCCGCCUGCCGUACCCAAAACUCGAAAGCUCAGUUCCUUCGUGAAAUGUGGCAGAUGCCGUCAAGACAGGCAAAAGUGCGAGCGGCCAGACCUAUCGCAGAAAUGCAACCGGUGCACAAAGUACAAACAUGACUGCGAUCCCGGCCGCUUAUCGAACCGAGCACAGCGGAGUCAGAGACAGCCUGUCCAUCAGCGCGUAUCCCCAAGCGAUCGAACGACCGCGGUACCAGGUGCCACGCAGCGUGAGAUCCUGGCAGCUUACCAGCAUUUGGGGAGCAGUCACGAAACUCCCGAUCUAUAUAUCAAAGCGUCUCCUUCGUCUCGAACGUCCAGGUCGGCUUCUUCCUCUGGGCAAUCUUCGUCGCUGGCGACUCCGGACACGCAAGAAUUUCUGCAAUACUUUCCCGAUGCUGGUUCGCAUCACGACUUCCAAGAUUCAUCCGACUUCCUUCCCUACACCUCCAAACCACAACUUCUCGACGAGUCCAGUGCCUCUUCUGGGCAUGAUGCUGCUCUUGAGUGGGAAGGGGUAAGCCCAGGCGACUUGAAUGAUGCACAGGCUGUGCAUCAGCACCCGGAUGACAAGGACGUGUGGGAGUUGGCUCUGGCCUCAUAUCGAACCCGCACACAAGCUGCCGUUGUGUCAGAUACCAACGUCCAGAUGCUAUCUGGUCUCCCAGACUUCCGGCCUUCUCGGUACUGCUCGUCGCUCUUCGAAGAACGCCUAGACAAUCGAAUCAAUCGGCUCUGGGGAAACUACAAGACAUUUGCUGUGGCUAGCUCCAAAGGAUUCGGUGUCACCCCUCUGUUUGGCCGGACCUUAUCCGAGCUUUUCCGCAUGUCCAGACAGAUGGCCGAGAGUGACGACCUUGUCAGAGACGUCCGGUAUGCAUGCGGUGCCGCAGACGCGUGUAUGAACCGCAAACUCCCCGAGAGCACGAGGGCGCACUAUCUGCAAGCAUACAAUCAUUACGACUCGCAGGCGAACAUCAAGUUCAAAGCGGCGGUCAAAGAUUUUGCAGACAAGAUCGCCCAGGAUGAGAGUCCAGACGUCCUACCUCUUUACACUGCCACGUUCCUCUACUACGCCGCUGGGGCCUGCAUGAGAGGGAGUGUCGAUCUCGUCAAAGCCCAAUUCGCAUUCUUCUACUUCGACCAAUUCACCGCGUGGUUCCCAAUCCGAAUCAGAGUCUCGUCCACCACGGACGGCGCGUGGGCUACAGACAUGCUCCUCGCAAACAACGACACGGAUCCAGGAAUGAGGAUCAGCUCGCUCAUGUUCGCCUUGGGCUGGGCACGGCUGGAGUUUGAUCGCGAGGAAGGGUUGUGCUAG